GUUGGUAAUACCAUAAGCACUAUGUUAUUAGGCACGGAAUGAUAAGACUCGUCAAUAAUGUCAUUUUGACGUGAUUUUGACCGAAGUCAUAACCCUACUUUCACUUGCUUUUACUUAUAGGCCGAAGCGAUAGGUUCAAUCUGGAAUCAUUUUUUGGCGAUUUUUGAAGUUAGCUUGUUAUUCUCGACUAUAAAUAUAUCGCAACAUCCGCAGGAGAGCGGUAGUGGAUUUAUUUGAAAAAUGAGUGCACCUAAGAGAACAAGUAACUUUAGCAGGGAAGAAGAAUCCCUUUUAAUUAGUCUGGUGAAUAAAUAUAAAGAUGUUAUUGAAUGUCGUAAAACGGAUGCAGUAACAAACUCUUCAAAAGCAAAGACAUGGAAUAUGAUUGCAAAAGAGUUUAACAGUGGAGCGGUGACCUACAGGGAUAGUAAAACAUUGAAGAAUAAAUACGACAAUAUCAAAAAAAGGUCAAAGAAGAAGUUCUCACAGGAGAAGUGUUCCCUGUUUGCUACAGGAGGAGGUGCCUCAAAAACAGUUCAUUUCACCGAUAUUGAUGAACAAGUCAAAGACAUUUUAGGUGUCCGAAUAGAAGGACACCCUUCAGCGUAUGAUGAUGACAUGAUUGUCAGUGACAUACCUGAGAAUGCUACAUGCAGGGACUUAAUUAUUGAGGAAUAUAAGUUUCGAAUGUAUGUUAAAUAAUGUACUUUUAUUAAUUUAAGGUGUUUCAGAUGAAAUCACUUCAGAGGAGACACAGGAAGUUCAAAACAGUGGUACUAAUAAAAUAAAUAGUUUUGAUGUUAUCAUUUAUUUAUGAUUUUCCAGAUAAAGAAAAUCAAGAAGUGUCUCAUUUAGAAGGUCCAGAGGCCAGUAGUCAUCAGGCGGAGGAGGGGAGCAAGUUAAAUACAUCCCCUUUGUGCACACUAAAAUCAAGUGCUCUGAGAACUCCAGAAGAUAAAGAAAAUCAAAUAGCGCAUCGUUUAGAAGGUCCAGAAUCCAGUAGACAUCAAACGAGGGACUGGAGCAAAUUAAGUACAUCCCUUUUGCGCACACCAAAAUCAAGUGCUCUGAGAACUGCAGAAGGUAAUCUACAUUAUAAUCUCCAGAAAUAUUUCAUAUUCAUUACGAAUUUCAAAAAGGAAUUGUUACUUCUAGUACUAAAAUCGAAAGUUUUUGCAUGUUGUGCUGUAAAUUUUUUUGUUCUUGUUGAUGAAAUUAGUAAUAAAAUACUAUAUGUUGCUAGUAAAUGUGGAUCACAAUAA